AUGCUUGAGGACAGCAUCGAGCGGGUCGUCGAAGUAAUCAAAGCGGACGAGAUCGGCGAGGAUGAAAACGACUCGGUAGAUGGGGACUUUGAGGGAUUGGAGGAGGAGAAGCCAGUCUUGGAAUCCAACAGCCUAAACAAGAGCAUUGUGGGCAUGUGGAAUACAACCUCGAAGCAGCAGAAGCCGAGUGAACCUCCCACCACCGAUACUGCAACUCCCGCGCCCACGUCAAGCAAACGGCGCCAGCACGGAGGAGAAUCUCAUUCCUCCAAACGUCGCAAGGCGGAGGCUAACAUUGACCGGUCCCCUCCGACGCAUGUGAGUCUCGCAGACCUGGGUGGAUUAGACGAUGUGAUCGAAGACCUCGGAGAUCUGGUCAUCCUCCCCAUGACUCGUCCACAAGUGUACAUGUCGUCGAAUGUGCAACCUCCCCGAGGUGUUCUGCUGCAUGGUCCGCCUGGUUGCGGAAAGACCAUGAUUGCAAAUGCCUUCGCGGCCGAACUAGGUGUCCCGUUUAUCUCUAUAUCAGCCCCAUCAAUCGUCUCGGGAAUGUCAGGAGAAUCAGAGAAGGCCCUCCGGGAACAUUUCGAAGAGGCCAAGCGGUUAGCCCCUUGCCUCAUAUUCAUCGAUGAAAUCGACGCCAUCACACCAAAGCGAGAAAGCGCGCAACGAGAAAUGGAGAAGAGAAUCGUCGCUCAGCUUCUGACAUGUAUGGACGACUUAGCGCUCGACAAGACCGAUGGAAAGCCGGUGAUUGUACUGGCGGCGACCAACCGCCCAGAUAGCCUGGAUGCCGCCCUGCGGCGAGGAGGACGCUUCGACAAGGAAAUAAACAUGACCGUACCGUCGGAGCCUGUUAGAGAGAAGAUCCUUCGUGCCCUCACCCGCAAGAUGGUCCUUGCGGACGACUUAGACUUCAAGACCCUGGCCAAACGCACGCCCGGCUUCGUCGGCGCGGAUCUGAACGAUCUGGUGUCCACCGCCGGCUCUACCGCCAUCAAGAGAUACCUGGACAUCCUCAAGUCCAAUAGUGGAGACGAUAUGGAUAUUGAAGAUAGCGACGAUCUCAGUCCUAAAGUCAAAGAACUGCGCCGCCUCAUCACCCACGCGAAAGAAUCUCCGAUUGGAGACGAAUCCCAGGUCGUGCACGUCUCCAACGCUGACUUCUUCACGGCGCUCCCCAAGAUCCAGCCUUCCUCCAAGCGCGAAGGCUUCGCCACGAUCCCCGACACGACCUGGGCAGACAUCGGCGCCUUGGGCGGCGUCCGCGACGAACUCUCGACCGCCAUCGUCGAGCCGAUCAAGAACCCCGAAAUCUACGCCAGCGUGGGUAUCACCGCGCCCACCGGCGUGCUCCUCUGGGGUCCUCCAGGCUGCGGGCCCCGAGCUCCUCAACAAAUACGUCGGAGAAUCAGAGCGGGCGGUGCGCCAGGUCUUUGUCCGCGCGCGCUCGUCCAUCCCCUGCGUCAUCUUCUUCGACGAACUGGACGCGCUCGUGCCGCGCCGCGACGACACGCUCUCCGAGGCGUCCGCCCGCGUGGUUAA